AUGGAUCACAAUGAGAACUCCCCGAAGCCUCUUAAUCGUGUAGGUGCUUCAAGAAACACAUCAGUUGUUGUUGUUACACUAGAGACCAGUGAAGUAUAUAUUAUUGUCAGCUUGUCUUCUAGGGCUGACACCCAGGUGAUAUAUAUUGAUCCAACAAGCGGUGCCCUUCGGUACACUGGGAAGCCAAGUGUUGAUGUUUUUAGGUCCGAAAAUGAAGCUUUUGAUCACAUUACAAAUUCAUCAAAAUGGCAAUGUAGGAGCACAAUCCACGCAAGGGCAAUUCUGGGUUAUGCGGCCCUUGGAAGCUACGGUUUGCUUCUUGUAGCUACAAAGUUAACAUCCAGCAUUCCAAAUUCGCCUGGUGGGGGGUGUGUAUACACUGUGACAGAGAGUCAGUGGAUCAAAAUAUUACUUCAGAACCCUCAACAGCAGGGUAAAGGCGAGCUGAAGAAUGUUCUAGAGUUAACUGAGCUUGACAUUGAUGGGAAACACUACUUCUGUGAGACAGCAGACAUAACUCGACCUUUUCCAAGUCGUAUGUCCUUAGAAAUACCUGAUGAUGAAUUCGUAUGGAAUGGAUGGCUGUCAAUGCCUUUCAAAAACAUUGGUCUUCCGCAGCAUUGUGUCAUUCUACUGCAGGGCUUUGCAGAAUGUCGAAACUUUGGAAGCUUGGGUCAGUUAGAAGGGAUUGUUGCUCUGACCGCUCGUCGUAGUAGGCUACAUCCUGGGACUCGAUACUUGGCUCGGGGGUUAAACUCUUGUUUCAGCACAGGAAACGAGGUGGAGUGCGAACAACUUGUUUGGGUGCCCAAAAAGAGUGGUCAAAGUGUUCCCUUUAAUACAUAUAUCUGGCGACGUGGUACUAUUCCAAUAUGGUGGGGUGCAGAGUUAAAGAUCACUGCUGCAGAGGCAGAAAUUUAUGUUUCAGAUAGGGCUCCUUAUAAAGGAAGCCUGGAUUACUACAACAGGUUGAGCAGGCGUUAUGAUGCUAGAAACUUAGACAUAGCUCUUGGUGACAGCCAGAAGAAAAAAGCUUUCGUUCCGAUUGUAUGUAUCAAUUUGCUUAGGAACGGGGAAGGGAAAUCAGAAUCCAUCUUAGUUCAACAUUUUGAGGAAUCUCUAAACUACAUCAGGGCUACCCGAAAACUUCCCCAUGCCAGAAUACAUCUGAUAAAUUAUGACUGGCAUGCUAGUACUAAGUUGAAAGGUGAACAGAGAACUGUGGAAGAACUUUGGAAACUUCUUGAAGCACCCACUACCGCUAUUGGCAUUUCUGAAGGUGAUUAUUUACCUUCAAGACAACGACUCAAUGAGUGCAGAGGUGAAGUCAUCUGCAAUGAUAAUUAUGUGGGAGCGUUCUGCGUAAGAGCACAUCAAAAUGGAACAAUACGUUUCAACUGCGCUGAUUCAUUGGAUAGAACAAAUGCUGCUAGUUACUUUGGUGCCCUCCAAGUUUUUGUGGAGCAAUGUAGAAGGCUGACCAUAUCUCUAGAUAGUGACCUAGCAUAUGGCCAUCUUUCUUCCAGUAACUAUGGUGGUUACACAGCUCCCUUGCCCCUGGGCUGGGAGAAACGAUCUGAUGCAGUGACAGGGAAAACCUAUUACAUUGAUCACAAUACUAGGACUACAACCUGGAAUCAUCCUUGCCCAGAUAAACCUUGGAAGAGAUUUGAAAUGUCUUUUGAGGAGUUCAAGAGGUCAACAAUUUUGUCUCCUGUAUCGUUGCUGGCUGAUCUUUUCCUUCUUGCUGGAGAUAUACACGCGACACUUUAUACUGGCUCUAAGGCUAUGCAUAGCCAAAUAUUAAGCAUAUUUACUGAAGAAACAUCAAAAUUUAAACAGCUCUCCGCAGCUCAGAAUAUGAAAAUUACUUUGCAGAGAAGAUACAAAAAUGCAGUGGUUGACAGUUCUCGUCAGAAGCAACUGGAAAUGUUUCUUGGAAUCAGGCUUUUCAAGCAUCUACCAUCAAUUCCAGUCCAGGCUUUAAAUGUGCCUUCUAGACCCACUGGUUUCUCUCUCAAGUCUGUGACAAACAUCUCUCCGAGUUCUACUGAUGCAUCUGUUCUCUUGAGCUUCAAGAGGAAAAAUAUUACAUGGGUGACUCAGCAAGAUGCAGAUGUGGUUGAGCUCUUUAUCUAUCUUGGGGAGCCUUGUCAUGUCUGCCAGCUUCUUUUAACGGUAUCCCAUGGUGCAGAUGACUCAACUUGCCCGUCAACAGUCGAUGUCAGGACGGGGCGUUCUCUAGAAGGGCUUAAGUUGGUUGUGGAGGGUGCUUCCUUACCUCAAUGUGCAAAUGGCACGAACCUCUUGAUACCUUUACCAGGGCCAAUUAGUUCUGAGGAUAUGGCUAUAACAGGAGCUGGUGCACGUCUUCACGCUCAAGACUCGUCGAACCUUUCAUUAUUGUAUGACUUUGAAGAAUUAGAGGGGGAAGUGGACUUUCUUACUCAUGUUGUCGCAGUGACCUUUUAUCCAGCUAUAUCUGGAAAAGGUCCCAUGACUCUUGGUGAGAUAGAGAUCCUUGGAGUUUCUCUUCCCUGGAGGAGUAUAUUUAAUAAUGAGGGCCCUGGUGUAAGGAUACUUCAACUUCCCAAACAAGUGCAGAAGGAAAUCAACCCAUUUCUGUCUGAUCCUAGCACCAAUCCACUCUCUGGGGAUACUUCAUACGAUUUAACUGUUAUGCCAUCAACGGAGCAAACUGCUUCUGGAAAUUGGCUUGAUCUGUUGUCCGGAGAAGAUGCACCUUCAUUUUCUCACCCUUUGGCACAAAAUCAUGGGACUGGCGGAGUUGAUUUGCUCGACUUUUUGGGUGAUGCUGCUACUGAAGAACAUGCUGUUAAGACUGACCAUGACUUCUCCUCGUCGCAAGGUGGAAAAUCUGUAGAUGUUGGUACAGAAAAAUACAUAAACUGUCUGAAGGUCCUUGAAGGGGAGCAAAUGGGCCGAAAGUUGGACUUUGUGGAAGCUAUAAAACUUGAAAUUGAACGGCUUCGACUGAGUCUUUCAGCUGCAGAAAGGGAUAGAGCUCUCUUGUCCAUUGGAAUAGAUCCUGCUUCAAUAAACCCAAAUGCUUUAAUUGAUGUUUUAUAUAUUGGGAGAGUAUGCAGAGUUGCAACCACCCUUGCAUUCCUUGCUCAAGUUUCUCAUGAAGACAAAAUUAAUGCUGCUAUCGGCCUUGGGAGCAUUGAUGAUGAGGUUAUAGAUUUCUGGAAUAUCUCUGGAAUCGGGGAGUGUUGUUCUGGUGGCCAGUGUGAAGUUCAUGCAGAAAAAGGAACUUCUCAUCCUCUUUCUCCUGCAUUGUCAUCAACAGGAAAUGGGCAAUCAAUAUUUAAGUGCUCUCAGUGUCGAAGGAAGGCAUGUAAAGUUUGUUGUGCUGGAAAAGGAGCUCUUUUGCUGGCAAGCUACAACUCAAUGGAUGCCAUCUACAAUGGACUUGCGAGUGGAACAAGCUAUGGGAGCCAAGCUGAUAGUUCUGCUAAUCGUGUAGUGCCACCAGAUGGCGUCAUUUGUAAACGAUGUUGUCAUGAGAUAGUGCUCCAUGCUUUACUCUUGGAUUAUGCAAGAGUGUUAAUUAGCUCGAGAAGGAAGAACAGGGCAGAAAAUGCAGCUUGUCAAGCUAUGGACCAGGUUAUAGGAUCUUCUUACGGAACUCACAUUUCUAGUCCAGCUAGGUCCAUACAAAAGUUAUUAUACGAAGAGGAAUCAGUUGCUGAAUUCCCAUUUGCUAGCUUCUUGUACUCGGUCGAAACAGCUAAGGAUUCAGCUCCAUUUUUGUCAUUACUUGCUCCAUUGAACUCUGGAUCACUUAACUCAUAUUGGAAGGCUCCUCCAACAACCACUUCUGCUGAACUUGUUAUUGUUCUUGGAAGCCUCUCUGAUGUCAGUGGAGUUAUCUUGCUCAUCAGUCCCUGUGGCUAUUCUGCAGCUGAUACUCCCACUGUUCAAGUAUGGGCUGGCAAUAAACUCGAGAAUGAAGAAAGGUCAUGUGUAGGGAAAUGGGACAUGCAGUCGUUGGCCAAGUCUUCGCCAGAAAUUUAUGGACCAGAAAGAGUAGAGGGUGAGGGUGAGGGUGAAGUACCCAGGCAUGUAAAAUUUUCAUUUAAGAAUACCGUCAGAUGCCGUAUCAUCUGGAUAGUGCUACGUCUUCCACGAGCUGGAUCAAGUUCAGUCAAUAUUCAGAAAGACUUUAAUCUGCUAUCCUUUGAUGAGAACCCCUUUGCUGAAGUGGAUAGACGUGCUUCUUUUGGUGGAGCACAUGAAAAUCUCCCCUGCCUUCAUGCUAGGAGAAUCCUGGUUCUUGGAAAGACAGUGAGAGAAGGGGCAGAACUUGCACGGCAAAGUACUGACACCAUCAAUAUGAGUGGUUGGCUCGAUAGACCUCCACAACUCAACAGAUUCAAGGUGCCGAUUGAGGUCGAGAGGCUUAUUGACAAUGAUCUAACCUUAGAACAGUAUUUGCCUCCAACUACUCCUUUGCUUGCUGGAUUCAGGCUUGAUGCUUUCAGUGCAAUCAAACCUCGGAUCAUCCAUUCACCAUCUUCAGAUGUAGACACGUGGGAUACAUCUGCAACAUUUCUGGAAGACAGACACAUAUCUCCAGCAGUACUGUAUAUUCAAGUAUCUGCAUUCCAGGAACCAAACAAGUUGAUAACCAUUGGAGAAUACAGACUGCCAGAGGCCAAAGCUGGAACUGCAAUGUACUUUGAUUUCCAAAGGCAGGUACAAAGCCGGAGGGUGACAUUCCGUCUCCUGGGAGAUAUCGGUGCAUUCACCGACGACCCAGCAGAAUCUGACGACUCUGGAACGAGGACUCUACCUGUGGCAGGAGGCUUGUCAUUGUCAAAUAGGGUUAAGCUAUAUUACUAUGCUGAUCCUUACGAACUUGGGAAGUGGGCAAGUCUUUCUGCAAUUUGA